AUGGAGCUUGCGACGGUCGUACAGUCGCUCAAGCCGAUUUUGUCGAGUGUCGCCGGUACCGCGCUCCCUGCGUCCCUCGGGGCGUGUGCCAGCGGCGGGCCCGAGCCGUGCAUGGAGAUUGGCGACCUCUUUGCUGUCAAGGCCAACUUUUACGAUGUGAAAGCUCGCUGGGUCUCGGGGCUCAACACAGUGCAGAUCGACACACUGCAGCUUCUCGUUGGCAAGAACGGCUCGAUGCACGUCGAUGUGCGCGUCAGCGUCGACGAGCUUCCCAUUAGUCUCCUCAUCGACGGCUGCAUCCCGAAAAUCGGCUGCAAAACGUUCUUGGACAAUGCGAGCACGUGCUGUGGCGGUCGCAAAACCAUCACGCUCGGCCUUGACGCCACGUGCAGCGAGACGUAUCCGUACAUCCAAAACCUCGCGCUUUCGAAAGCCACGAUUGACGGGUCGCUUAACAUUGUCAUGUCGGUCCUCGGCAAGUCGUUCAGCAUCUUGGCCGGCGUCAACAAGGCGCUCCAGGACCCCAAGAAGACGGCCCUCCUCAACGCGUACAUUCAAAAACUCUACGGCCACAAAAUAUUUUGCACAAAGGGGGCCCAAACUGCGUACCUCACCAAGCAACCGCCCCGCAAGCUCCUCCAAAUCCUGUCGCCCGACGAGGAGCACUAA